CAGGUAACCGGAGAAAACAUUGGGGAACAGUUCUGUUAUUCUAUGCAGCAUCCGAGGCGGCUACCAGCUGUGCCAUGCACGGUAGAUCUAUGGGAAGCAAUGAAAGAAGUCAUUCUAGAGCUAAGACUAAAAAUGUGAAUGACUUUGGUAAGCAGAGUGAGUUUGAUGAGAAACAUGAUGAAUAUUUAUUAUAUCUUCAACAGAAAAACAGGGUACAGAAUAUUAGUAAAGCAAAGGAUACUGCACAAGUUAAGUUAGAACACCUGGAACAAGGAUUUUCUAUCUAUAUAAAUGGAGCAAAUGCUGAGUUAACAAAACAUUACAGCACACACAAUUUAACAAGAAGUGGUUUAAAAACACAAGAAGGGAAAGUUUUAGAUGAUGGAAUAACUGUUGGGAGGAGAAAUCAUACAGCACCAGGCAAGAUUCAAAGAAAAGCGUGGGUGCAGAGUUCCAUUAACAUUAAAUCUGAAAGUGGAUCAACUGUCCAUAUUGCCCCAAAUGUGAAUUACUCAGAAGAUUUUGAAACUGAUGAAGAUGUGCAUUCUGAUCAGAGUGGUAAAGAUAAACAACAGGCUUUAAUGGAAAGCUUGGAUGAGAGUUUGUCACUGCAGCAUGGCAACAGUGACAAUUCAGCUGAUGAAUAUGACAGUACUGAAGAAGUCCUUUCGGAUGAAACUCAGGAAGCUACCAGAACUUUAACUGAAUUAAAGUCUAUAUCAUCAGCAGCCAGCCAACAAAAACUGCUGCCUGGAAAUUUAGUUGUGCUACAAUUUAAUGGAAACACACCUAGAGUGCGCUACCAUGCGGUAGGUGCGCUGUGCGAUAGUGCACGCUAA